CAACCGUCAGUGAGCGAGCGAGCGAGCGGCAGCCCAUCCGUCCGUCGUGUGUGAACGCUCACCGGCGUCCCUUACAGUCUGAUCCGCCGCCACCACAGUCUGAUCGGCCUCCAUCACUUUAGCCGGGCACACUGGUUUACGGCAGCAGCGGGAGGAGGGAGAGCGAGAGACGGAGACAGACACAGGCAGAGAGAGAGAGAGAUGAGCGACUGCCUCUGAGGGGACGCGAGUGGAGGAGGGGGGGGGUCGCUAAAAUGGCGGCGCUGAGGGUGAAGCCGCCAACCUGCGGCUCCGGCUCGGCAGCCGAGCCCGCCCUGCGUCUGCCCCUCGUCAACGGCGACAAGACGGCGCCCGACGAGCCCCGGGAAUACCAGCUGGAAGACCUGGAGACGGUGGCCACCGUGGGGACUGGAACCUUUGGACGGGUUCUGUUGGUCAAAGACAAAAAGACGAGAGAAUAUCGUGCUUUGAAAGUGAUGAGCAUUCCCGAUGUAAUUCGCCUUAAGCAGGAGCAGCAUGUACACAAUGAGAAAAGCAUAUUAACAGAAAUCCAUCAUCCAUUUCUUAUAAAACUGUACUGGACACAUCAUGAUGAAUGCUUUUUAUAUAUGUUAAUGGAAUAUGUGCCUGGAGGUGAACUGUUUUCUUACUUGCGUAACUUGGGACGUUUCAACAAUAGUUCUGGACUUUUUUACUCUGCAGAGAUUGUGUGUGCAAUGGAGUAUCUACAUGCCAAAGAUAUUGUUUACAGAGAUUUAAAACCAGAAAAUAUUUUACUGGACAGAGAUGGUCAUAUAAAACUUACAGAUUUUGGAUUUGCGAAGAAACUUGUUGACCGAACUUGGACUCUCUGUGGAACUCCAGAAUACCUUGCACCAGAAGUCAUCCAGAGUAAAGGUCAUGGAAGAGCUGUGGACUGGUGGGCAUUAGGCGUGCUGAUGUUUGAAAUGCUUUCAGGUUACCCCCCAUUUUUUGAUGACAAUCCCUUUGGAAUUUAUCAAAAGAUUCUUGCUGGAAAAUUGGAGUUCCCAAAACAUCUCGAUUUCUAUGUGAAAGACCUUAUAAAAAAGCUUUUGGUUAUAGACCGGACAAGACGAUUAGGAAAUAUGAAGAAUGGAGUAGAUGAUGUUAAACGACACAGAUGGUUCAAAUAUGUCGACUGGGAAGCAGUACCGUUAAGAAAACUAAAGCCACCAAUUAUACCGAAACUCUCUCAUGAUGGGGAUACAUCAAAUUUCGAGACCUACCCGGAAAAUGAGUGGAAAAAAAUUCCUCCUGUGCCUCCCAAAGAUCUGGAAAUUUUCAAGACCUUUUGAUCAUGUUGCUGUACAAGUUAAAUUAUAGAUGAUUUCUUCUUCAUUGCUGAGGACUGAGUCGAAGUGUGACCAAGAUGAAUGUCCUUGGAAGAAGGAACAGGCAGCAAAUUGCACAUUUGUUUCUUCCACGUGGCCGUCCGUCUGGUGAUCUUGUUCAAAUCAGCACAUUGAAAGGUUCCAGACGCAAACAUGGUUCCACUUCGAAACCCAUCAGUCUGAAAUGACUGAAAGGUGCAUACUGAAGAUUGGAAGUCUAAACUGGAUUUUUUUUAACAUAGAAUAUAAUAUAGAUUAUGUACAAAAUAAAUCUGAAUUCUUAUGGUAAUUAUUUUAUUGCAUGUCCAUAAUGACACCUGUUUUUAAUUGAAUUCUUGUAUUUCUUCUUAGAAAGUGACUGAUCCGGAUCCUACAUUAUUGUAAAGUUGCCUUGAUUUAAAAAAAAAAAGCACAAGUACUUCCCUGCAAUGAUUUAUUUUUAAAAUAACUGUUUAUAUCGGUGUAAAGUUAGGGUCGUAUCAUUUUGUAAAUACAUAAAUCCAAAAUGGAUGCACUAUGCAAAUAUAAUUGUCUUUAAGUUUUGAAUCAGGAUAUGGUUUUAAGAAUAUAUGUAUAUUGCUUUUGUUUAAAGGGAUCAUCCAAAAUACCAGCAUCUCGCCAUUUUUUUUUGUCUGUGUUUGCUGUCAUACAGCAAAAUGUUCUGGAGUUAUCACUCAUCAAAGGAGCUCCCAUCUAUUAAUGUUUUCACACUCCACCAAUUGUAAAUUAUUUUCUCAUUCAAAAUCGGGUGUGCUAUUGCAGUGUUUAUAUACAGCUGCAAUGGCAAAGAAGCUUUCUGCUGCCUUGUGUUUCCUUCAGCGUUAAAUGGAAGGGUGGGUUGGUGAAAUAGAAAAUUAUUUGAAGGAUUUACUUCUAAAACGGCACAUUUUUCUCCUACAGAUGUACAAUCUGUACAUUUUACGCCCUUGGACAAUCUUUCUUGCAUGUAUACGACUUCAAACUUUAAAUACAGUCAUGUGAGGAUGAAUUAGGUUGAGGUGAGCAUGUGUUUUUGAACAUGUAUAGAUCAUAAAUUAGUAAGCCCCUCUGUAACAAGCAAAAUAUUUCUCGCACCAAUAUAUCAGGAUUCUUUUUUUUGAAUGAGAAGAACCACUAAUAAGAAAUGUCUUUGCAAUUGUAUUGACAUGAUGUUUGAAUGUAUUGAACAGCUGGUUGAAUUAAAUGAAGGACACUCAGUGUGGCACUGAAUUGAGGACACAUCUGAUCAGUCUUGUUUGUUGGGCGGCAUGGCAACGCAGUGGUAGAGCUACUGCCUUGCAGUGCCAGAGACCCUGGUCCGAUCCUGACUACGGGCUGAACAGAGUUUGUACGUUCUCCCUGUGACCUGCGUGGGUUUUCUCCGAGAUCUUUGGUUUGUAGGUUAAUUGGCUUGGUAUAAAUGUAAAUUGUGUGUUCAGCAUUUUGUUGACGUGCGGCAAUCUCUGGUCAGUGCCACUCAGUGCACUGUAUCUCUAAAACUAAAACUGCAAAACUAUACAAUAUUCAAUUUCUCUGGCUUCCAACGCCUGAAUAUUUUGCGUCGCUACCCCUUUAACAUCUCAAACAAGAAACAAACUGCGUCCGUUCCUCCACCUGUGCCAGUCCUUUAUUUUUGUAGAAGCAUGCUGACCUAAUAAAUCUAUUUGCCCAGCAGGUCAACAUGCUCCGUUUAAUGCCCUUCUAGUGGCCUAGCUCAGCAGAAAACAAAAUGUAUGUGGAAUGCCUUAGCUGUGUCAUUCUGCAGCACGCCCAGUUGGUGCGCAUCACACUUGUUGCCUUAUUUUACUGAGAGUACCCUCUGGAUGAUUUCACUGCACAAUUGUCUCCCUCAGGAUCAAUGGCCAUUAAUCCCUCUCCUUUGAUAAGUGGCUUAUUUGCUGAAUUUUGUAGUCGUACUGCUGAAUGCAUUUUAUUCAGCUCUCUUGUCUUUUGAUGAAAUGGACUAAAUAUUUGCCGACAGGUGAGAAAAUAUGGAAAGAACUUCAAACUGAAAUUGUUACUUUUCAAAGACAAUUUAUUAAAUAUCGUGUACUGCACGAUUGCCAACCCUUAGUGUUGAAUAUUUUUCAGUAUUAAGGUUUUCCGCCGGUCUCCAUUUUUGCUGACUACCUUUUAACUGGUAUUUUCUUAAUAUUGCUGUAUAUAGGCACUGUCUAAUUUCUGUUGUAUGACAAAAUAACGUAGAUACCUGGUAGAUUUUAGCUACUGGAUACUGUGUAAAAUUUGUAAAGAGGCAACUCUACUGUUAACAGGGAUAUAUUGUACAAUAGGUUUACAGAUCUCCACAUUUUUAAUGAUGGUCGUGACAUUUAAUUGUCAAUGCACAGCCUAAUUAUCUGCAAAGAAAGGCAAAAAAACAUUAAACCUGCAUAGGAAAUGGAGGGUUUUUUCUUGAUGAAAGACUGCUAAUAACCUCCUCUGAAUACACUGAUCUUUCAAGUUUUAAAUCACAAAAUGGAUUGCCACCCAGUUUAAAUAAUGUAGUGUUUACAAUGUAAUCUGUAUUGUACAAAUGCUUAUCAUUGGAAGCUAUCGUUCACCAUUGUGUUUGCACCAGUUUACAGAUAUAAAUGCAAAUCCAAUGGAUGGAUAGUAAUUGUAGCAGUGUGUUGACAAUGCUUCAUUCACUUUUAUAUUUAUUUUCCUCGGUCCAAAAGCUUCCCAUCAAAUCGGACACUUUAAGAACCCACGGGUAAAGUAAAAAAAGUACAUUCAGAAGCUUGGCCUGUGUAACCAUUGGAAAAUUAGACAGGGAGCUGUUGAUGUGUGACUUGGUCACGUAGGUGUCGGGUGCUGCCAGUUAAUAUGACUGUUUCAAUCCCAUGGAGAUGGAUCAAAGUUGCAGCUUUUUGUACAAAUGGCUUCUCUUGAUUUUCCAUUGAGGUAAACAUGGCCAGCCUGCAGAGUUUUGUUCGCCUUUUAAUCUAUUUUCAAUAACGUCCCCAUACAUGAGUGGUUGCAGUGUACACUUUAAUGCAGUCAUAUACAGGACAUUUUGAUCAUAAGAUGUGUGAUACAAACUUAGGGACUCCUCUACUCCAGUAUCAGUAACCUUGUAAUUUAUUGUCCAUUGUCCAGUUGAUGGGCUGAUAAAGUGCACGAGCACUAGAAAAUACUAAAAAGCACUGGGCCACAGCCCAUUCAGUAUGAACAUCUAUUUUCAUAAGUUAUAGGAGCAGAAUUAGGCCAUUGGGCCUAUCAUCCACUCCGCCAUUCAAUCAUGGCUGAUCUAUCUCUCCCUCGCAACCCCAUUCUCCUGCCUUCUCCCCAUAGCCCUGACACCCUUAUUAAUCAACACUAACCCCCUAUACCUGCACUAAUCUAUGCUCCCUUCGUCUAUUGUGCCAGUUCCCCAUACCACUCAAGUCCUCAAUAUGUUGAAUGUCUCUGUCUCCACCUCAAAUAUCUAAUGAUCUGGCCUCAUCCAAUCUCAGGCAGAGAAUUCCAGAGAUUCGCUACGUCAGUUUUUAAUGCCCUUUCACGUUUUAUCUUUUUUUAUAUAAUUAUGCCUCUUCAUGACUCUCCAUUAGUAGAAACAUGCUCAGCAUCUGUGCGGUCAAGAUCCUUGAUAUCUUCGGACUAUCCUUGAUCGGACUUUACUGGCUUUACCUUGCAUUAAAUGUUAUUCCCUUGUGUAUCUAUGCACUGUAAAUGGCUCGAUUGUAAUCACGCAGUGUCUUUCUGCUGACUGGCUAGCACGCAACACAAGCUUUUCACUGUACCUAGGUACACGUGACAAUAAAUUAAACCCAAUGGCCCGUAUUCUACUAAUUGCAAAGUUAGACUUUCCUUAAACUCACCUUAAACCUGCCGCUCGGUCUAACUAAACCCGACGCUCGGUUUAAGAAAAAUUUGGUAUUCUGGUAGCGAGGUUUAGUUAGACUAAAGUCUAAGGCGAGUCUAACUUUAGACUUUGGUUUUAGCUGAGUCUAAAGUUAGACCGAAUUUUAGUUGCCAUGGUGACGAUGUCUGCUUGUACUGCACAUGUGCAAUGCAAUAGCAGAAGCUCGAGCAGACGACAACUUCAACAUGGCUGACAAAAAGAAACAGCGGAAAGGAAACUGGGACGCCAGCGAGAAAGACGUUACUAGCCGAUAAAAUGUCAAUUAUCGAGAAAAAAAGGUGCAAUUUCCAGGCAACAAUUGAAAAGAACAAGGCAUGGGAUGCGAUUUAUUCACAAUUCCAGUCUCAGUUUGGCAGCCGCAGAGAUCUUUGUGACCUUCGUGAGCAAUGGAAGAGAAUGAAGUUGCAAGCGAAGGUAGAGUGGUCUUCUCACAAGAUGAGUGUGAGGCAAGCGGGUGGAGGCCCACCGUCUCCCAACCCAUCACCCAUGUGUAUAUUUAUCAGAGAUCUGAUCCCCCACGAUGUCUUACAGAUCAGAAAUCCAUUCGAUGAUGAUGCGGACAGUUCACAGCAAAAUGAGGAGGCUGUGACAGUUUUGGAGUUCCUGGCUGGUGAAUCGAUACCUUUUCAAGAAUGCAUCAUCGUCGUACUUAAAAAAAGGAUUAGCGUAGUCAGCGACAUGGUUCUCCAGUCUCCCAGCUUGUAGGGCAAUCCUUUCGAUCUCAUCAAACCGUUCUGCUCUCCGCAGUGCUUCCAGCUCGUCUGUGAUUUUUUUUCUCUCCGUAGCGAGCUUAAGCCUUCCUUAAACCUGCCCCUUGCUGAGUCUAGAUUUUGCGGCAAGUUAGACCCUAGUCUAAGGUCAGUCUAAGCUUUGGCGAUUAGUAGAAAGACAAUUUAGACUCUAGUCUAAAUAUCAGGGAUUUAAACCCGCCAUCGAGUCUAAAUUGCAGAGUUAAAACCUGCUGUUCGGUUUAAAAACAUUAGUAGCAUACGUGCCUUUGGGUUUUAUGUUUUUGAAUAAGAUCUCCCCUCUUAAACUCCAAGGAGUUCAGGCACAAACAGUCCAGCCUCUGAUCCUUAGGCCACUCCUCUAAUCACAGGAAUUAAUGUGGUGAAACUCCUUCUCGAUUGGCUCCAAUGCUCCAGUAUCCUUUUAUUUUAGAUAAAGGGACCAAAACUGUUAAGAGAAGACUUUUAUAAUUCAAAACGCCACCUUAGUAGCAGGCUGAAUUCAUUUGAUGAACACUAAAGUUUCCACAAUCUAGCUCAACCUGCGAUUAUUACUCUGCAAACUGGCUCUGUUUCCAUCUGCACGGAAAUACAAAAAUUGGAGUUCUAAUACUCCCUUUUGGGGGUUGGCCAUUGGACCUGCCAAUUCAAUCAUUCUAGCUGCUAGAACCAAUGGCAGCUGGGGUCAAGUGACAGUACGUGUGAAUCUUUCAAGAAUUUAUUAACAAGCUGCAUGAAUUUAACCUCCAUUUUAGCAGAUGUGAUUUUCCUUUCGCUCUCUGGGUCCAAUCCACGUUCUGGAAGCUAGAUUCAAUCCCUUGUGAUCUGAGAUUAAUUUGAAUAGUACAAAUAUCCAAUUUAUCCUAGUUCUUCGUUGUCAGAUACUUGAAACGUUGUUGCUGACAUCAAAAACUUGAAGCAGUGUUUGAUAAAUCAGUGUUGGCUCAUUCUCCUGGAUUAUCACUUUAAACAGCCAUCUAUAAUGUACACACUAAGGUCAGCAUUAUUCAGUGUGAGUUGAGUUGAUCACCACUAUUGUCUCUUUGAUCAGGUUUUUUGAAACCACUAAUUAUGUGAACCUUUUGUCAAUUUUUCUACAUUGUACAGUCAUUGAUGUAUUCUUUCAGCUGCUGCAGUACAGCUAAAAAGCUAUGCUUGUCUUCUGGAUUGUUAUUUUUGCAACACCUAAUAAACCAGCUUUCUUUA